AACAGCUGUGUCAUGGCAGCCAGCUAUAUUACCACUUGAGUCGAUCAUUCCAGUUCCUUUCGGCUAGUCUCUCACGCUUCACGGUUCUCAAUGGGGUUAAUCACUGGAGCGUUUGCUUUCUUCUAUCACUUACCAAGGAUUUAUACAUGGCUUCUAAAACCCUAUUAUAUAGUAUCAUUCGUCAUAUCAGUUGCUUUUCUCCUGAUACGCAAAUGUCCUGGCAUUUGCGAAAACCUGCCCUCACAGCGAGAAGACGGCGACUCGUGCAACUUUGACUGGAGGGAGGUGGAGAUCUUGAUGUUUCUCAGUGCCAUCGUCAUGAUGAAGAAUCGCAGAGCAUUUACUGUGGAACAUCAUAUUGGUAACCUCUUACUCUUCAGUAAAGUGGCCAGCACCAUCCUUUUCUUCAGGGUGGACAUUCGGUUGGGCCUGUUUUAUCUCGCUCUCUGUCUUGUUUUUGUGAUGACCUGCAAACCUCCAAUAUACAUGGGGCCAGAGUACAUCACAUACUUCAGUGACAAGACCAUUGAGGAGGAGCUCAAGCGAGACAGUCGUGUAACAUGGAUUGUUGAGUUCUACGCAAACUGGUCCCCGGAGUGUCAAUCUUUCGCUCCCGUUUUUGCAGAACUCUCACUCAAAUAUCACUGUACUUUUCUGAGAUUUGGAAAGUUAGACGUUGGUCGUUAUGGAGAAAUGGCUGAGAGCUAUAAGGUAAAGCCAUCCCCACUCUCCAAACAGAUGCCCUCCCUGAUUAUUUUUCAAAAUGGCCGUGAGAUCAUGCGGCGUCCUAUGGUGGACAAGAAGGAGCGAGCCGUCUCCUGGAGCUUCACUGAGGACAACAUCAUCCGAGAGUUCAAUUUGAAUGAACUUUACCAGAAAUCAACGAAGCUCAGCAAGGGAAAAGAUGAGCACGCUCCUGAAGCAGACCAACCCUCAACUCCCGAGGACGGGCCUGACGAGCCAGAGCCAAUCAGUGAACAGUUAGAGGACUUGGAAUCUAAGAAGGACAAGUAAGAGGAUGAACACAAUAUAUCUCAAGCAAUGCAAGUGGACAAAGUAAGAUUAGCUGAAUGAUACUUGACUAAGUCACUGGAAAUGCAGUAUUAUUGUGUAAUCGAUACGCUGGACGACGACGACGACCUAUCUGCCUUCAUAGCCUCUCAGUAACAAUCAAUGCACCGGUAUGUCAGCACUCUUCUGUUGAAUAUUAAUAUGAGGGGUGUACAGCAAGAUUACUGUUUUACAGUAUCUAGGUAACUUCAGAAAUGACUUUUGAUCUCAAAACAAUGUUGCUUUUGGAAUAGAUACUCAAUCCAGUGUUCCUUUAGAGUUCAGUGAGUACUCUUUAAGUUACCUGGAUAAACAUGUUGUCUAGUGAUUCAUACUCAAAAAAUAUUGUUAUGUAGGUAGGCUAUGUGUAUCUAGAUAUUAACACACAUAUUUCUAGCUGAUAUGUACUUAUAUUUGAUAACUUGAAAUCGUUCAAAAAGCAAGCUACCAAUUGAUGCGCAUAUCCUGUUUGAGGAAACAUGACCUUUGAGUCAUCCCUGAUGUUCUGAUCUGCCUUUGACCACUGAUGAUAAAAUCUGCUGCUUGUGAAAACAGCUUAAGUCUUAAUACAGAAACCAUACAUGUUUUUAUAUUUACAUGCUCCAUGUACUAAGAUAAAGAGACAGCAUUUCCCAAGUGGUUCAAUAAAUGAACAAAUGGAAGUUAUUUUAAAAAAA